CAUAUAUUAUAAUUUAUUAUUAAUUACAUGUAUAUUAUUUGUAAAUUAAUGAUUUAUUUAAAAUAUGUAAAUAUUAAUAUUAUAUAAAGAAUAGUGAAUCAUAAAAAAGGGCUGCUCAGUGGCGUAGUGGUUAGCACUUUCACCUUACAGCUAGAAGAUCCCUGGUUCACGUCCCGGCUUUCCCGGGAUCUUUCUGCAUGGAGUUUGCAUGUUCUCCCUGUGCAUGCGUGGGUUUUCUCCAGGUACUCCGGCUUCCUCCCACAGUCCAAAAAUAUGCUGAGGUUAAUUGAUCAUUCUAAAUUGCCCGUAGGUGUGAAUGUGAGAGUGACUGUUUGUCUCUGUAUGUAGCCCUGUGACAGACUGGUGACCUGUCUAGGGUGUCCCCUGCCUUCACCUGAGUCAGCUGGGAUAGACUCCACCCCCCCCCCAUGACCCUAGUGAGGAUUAAGCAGUGUAUAGAUAAUGGAUGGAUGGAUAAUGGAUGGAAUCAUAAAAAAUAGUUUUUUACUAAAUAUAUUUUUAACAAUGUGUCAAAAUCACUCAAUUUUUCAGUAUUUUAAUCCCAUAAAAAUAUCAUUAUUUUACAGAUAUUUGUUAUUUUCACAGAUGAACAUUAUUAAUUAUUAUUCCACAAAUCUUUAAAUGUUUUUUUUGCAGUUUUUUUUAUACUUUGCUUCAAACCACAGCUAGUCCAAUAUGUUCAGAUUUUUUUCUCGUUAAAACUGUUUAAAUUGUAUUUUUCAAAACUUUUUUAUUUGAAUUUUAUUAACCAUUUAUUUAUUUUAUUUCCAUUUUAAAACAUUUUUACUUCCUUUAAUUAUUUUAUUUUUCUACUUUGUUGAUUUAUGAUAAUGAACUUGGGAAGAUCAAGUUACAUUCCUCAAUAAAACCUAAAAUAAACAUCAACAGAUGAAUGUAAACAUCAGCUGCUGCUCUUUGUGUUUAGUCUCCACCUGCUGGUGAUCUGAGGGAACUACAGCAACACGAACAGCAGCUCCACUCAUUUAUGGGUAAAAAAUAACAUCAAAUUUUACAAAUCGCAACUUGUCAGUCCUCAGAAAGUUUUUUUAAAAAUGAAAUUGUGGAAUAAAUAUCCAGCUGAGUCCAGAUCAUUUUCACUUUAGAGCCAUGAAAGCUUAAAUCUGAUAUUUUUUAGUUGCUCAAAGUGUUUUUCCUGGUAAUGAAAUCUCAUAAUAAAUAAAAAGAAAUGUGUUUAGAUUUUAAGUAUAUUUUAGAUGAAUUUUAAAUUGAUUACAGACAUGAAUGUGAAAAUAAAACGACUACGUUGAACAGAACUGACUUUAAUGUAUUCCCUCUUUGUGUAGUCGUUGUGUUUUUAUCAUUUUGUGUCUCUUUGUGGUUGUUUUGUGUUUCACUGAAUGACUACAAACUGACAUUGUGUACGUUUUGUAUGUUUGUGUGUUUGUUUCUUUGUGUGUUCUUUGUCAUUUUGUGUGUUUUGUGGCGGUUGUGUGUUAUUUGUGUUUGAUUUGUGUUUUUCAUUGCUUUGUGCGUCCGUGUGAUUAUUUUGCAUCUCCUUUUCAUCAUUUUGAGUUACUUUGUGGCAGUUUUUCGUAUCUUUAUGUUUGUUUUGUGCUGCUUUGUGGAUAUUUUGUGGUCAUUUUGUGUAUUUUGUGGUCAUUUUGUGUAUUUUGUGAUCAUUUUGUGUAUUUUGUGGUUAUUUUGUGUGUCUUUGUGGUCAUUUUUUGUGUUUUCUUCAUCAUUUUGUGUCAUUCUGUGGCAGGUUUACACUUUUGCCGUUGUGAUGCAGUAACACACAGCAGCUGUUGUGUAACCACGUUGUGUUGCUGAACGCACAAUGUGUGAACAAGUUGAGAAACAGACUGAAGUCGAUUCAUGGAAAUAAUCCUGAAUGUUGAGCUGCUGAACUCAGGACAGUUCAGAUUCAGACACACAGCGACACAAAGACACACAAAAUGAACACAAAGACACACAAAAUGAACACAAAGACACACUGAGCAGUCAUUUGUGUCUGUUUUGUUUUACUAUUUUGUGUGUCGGUGGUCAGUUUGUGUCUCCUUGUGUUUGUUUUGUGUUUCGUUGUGCAUGAUUUGUGCGUCUUUGUGGGGUUUUGUGUCUGUUUUUUAUAAUUUUGUGUCAGUUUUUUGUGUGACUGUUUCAUAAUUUUUUGCUAGUUGUGUGUCUUUUGUGUUACAGUGUGUAAUCUUGUUGUUGUGGUAUGGUAUGUGUGUUGUGUUACAGUGUGUGUGUUGUGUUAGAGUGUGUAGUUGUGUUACAGUGUGUGUGCUGUGUUACAGUGUGUAGUCCUGUAGUUGUGUGUGUGUUGUGUUAUAGUGUGUGUGUUGUGUUACAGUGUGUGUGUUGUGUUGCAGUGUGUAGUUCUGUAGUUGUGUGUGUGUUCUGUUAUAGUGUGUGUCUUGUGUUACAGUGUAGUCCUGUAGUUGUGUGUGUGUUGUUUUAAAGUGUGUAGUUGUGUUACAGUGUGUGUUGUGUCACAGUGCCUAGUCCUGUAGUUGUGUGUGUGUGUUCGUUGUGUUACAGUGUGUGUUGUGUUACAGUGUGUAGUUGUGUUACAGUGUGUGUUGUGUUACAGUGUGUCUUUGUGUUGUGUUACAGUGUGUGUGUUGUAUUACAGUGUGUUUUGUCUUACAGUGUGUGUGUUGUGUUACCGUGUGUGUAGUUGUGUUACAGUGUGUUGUGUUACAGUGUGUCUUUGUGUUGUGUUACAGUGUGUGUUGUGUUACAGUGUGUUACAAUGUAGUUGUGUUACAGUGUGUGUUGUGUUACAGUGUGUGUUGUGUUACAGUGUGUUUUGUUACAAUGUAGUUGUGUUACAGUGUGUGUUGUGUUACAGUGUGUGUUGUGUUACAGUGUGUAGUUGUGUUACAGUGUGUAGUUGUGUUACAGUGUGCAGUUGUGUUACAGUGUGUGUUGUGUUACAGUGUGUAGUUGUGUUACAGUGUGUAGUUGUGUUACAGUGUGCAGUUGUGUUACAGUGUGUAGUUGUGUUACAGUGUGCAGUUGUGUUACAGUGUGUAGUUGUGUUACAGUGUGUAGUUGUGUUACAGUAUGUAGUUGUGUUACAGUAAUCCUCCUGGAUCAGCAGCUCUAUAAAGCUCAGCUCCUGUUCUCUCCUUCAGUCCUUCAACAUGUUUCCUCUGCAGCUCCUUGCGCUGACAGCCGUCUCCACGGCAACGCUCGCACCGCCGCAGGAAGAGCAGGAGAAGAAGAAGCAGGAAGUGGAGAAGAAGAAGCAGGAAGUGGAGAAGAGCAGGUAUGACGUGAUGUUCAGGAGAGGAGAUCUACUGGAAGUCCCUCGAACUCUCUUCACCCACUUUGGGAUCUACUUGGGAGGAGACAGAGUUGCUCACUUCAUCCCAGACAUUUUGCCCGUCGUGUCCAGUGACCAGUUCAGGAUCAAGCAGGUGGUGACCAACACCAGACUUAUACUGGGAGUACUGGCCAAGUGUGGCAGCAUCAGGGUGGACUCAGUGGAGGACUUCGCCUAUGGAUCAGAGAUUCUGGUGAACCCAAUGGACCGGAUGUGCAGCCGUGCAGCGCUGCAGGAGGAAGAUGUGGCCUGUCGGGCCGAGAAGCUGCUGGGAAACGUGGAGUACAGCCUGCUGUGGUACAACUGUGAACACUACGUCAUGUACUGCAGAUACGGAACCGUCAUGAGCUUCCAGACCUUCCAGUUCUGUAAGACGGUGAGGAAGCUGCUGCUGAGUCGUCGUGUUGCCAAGGCGACGGCAUUGUUGUUGUUGUGUUUGCUGCUGUAUCUAGGAGCUGCUAGUGUGGGUUUGGUCCUGCUGACUGCUCUGCUGCCGUUCAUCAUCUGGAUGGCUGCAUGAAGCAAACCAUCCAUCACCAAGAAGGAAAAACUGAAACUAGUCAUUUAAUGAGAGGAAAACAGCAGCGUCUCAUUCUGUAAAGACUCAAUAAAUCACUUUAAAUAAAA